UCAAUUAUCAAAAAUUUUUAGAAAGUAAAGUCAAAGGCAUAUGAUGAUGAUGAUAAAUUAGAACACUUAGUUUCCAACACAGAGUACAGAAAAUUAACCACGUACAACUCUUUGAAAAAACAUCCAUCAAAUUUAUCAACUCCGUCGUGUGAACAAAGGCAUAGAAGACGUCUUUCAGAAACAUUARCAUGUGGCUUAGCAAGACAAUGUAAAACUCACAGUCUUCCUUGUAAUAUGACAUUAAAACAUCCUUAUAGUGUUUCGCCAGUCGAUGUAAAAGAUGUUGAUAAGACUAAGGGUGUUUUGUCUCCUGGUAUACUCCCAGAAGAUUGGGCUGCCCAACUCACAUUAUUAGAUUUAAAUAUAUUUAGUCAAAUAUCUCCAGAAGAAUUAUCUUCAUGUUCUUGGAAUAAGAAGCAAAAAUUAGAAGUUGCACCAAAUGUAGUAGCAUUUACUAGGCAAUUCAAUCAUGUAUCAUUUUGGGUUGUUCAAGAAAUAUUGAAAGGCACCACUCCAAAACUACGCGCUGAUUUGAUCACUCAGUUUAUAAAGAUCUCCAAAAAAUUGUAUGAGCUUAACAAUUUUCAUUCAUUAUUUGCUGUUAUUUCUUCCCUUCAAAGUGCUUCAGUGUAUAGAUUAUCUAAAUCAUGGAACAAUGUGUCGAAAAAAGAUCGGCAAUCAUUUGAUAAACUAGCCAAUGUUUUCUCAGAAUGCAAUAACUGGAGGAAUCUUAGAGAUCACCUAGAAACCUUACGUUUACCAUGCAUACCUUAUUUAGGUGUAUUUUUGACUGAUUUGGUGUAUGUUGAUAUGGCACAUCCUCAUAAAAGUAGUGGAUUAUUAGAAUCUGAAGCAAGACGCCUGAAAAUGAAUAACAUUCUAAGAGUAAUAUCACAUAUGCAACAGAGCCGUUAUGAUCAUUUGAUACGGUUCUCUGGAAUAAAUGAUUAUUUAAACUCUAUUAGAUAUAUUGAAGAAUUACACAAGUUUGUUCAAGACGACCAAUAUAAAUUAUCAUUAAAGUUAGAACCUUUAUCCUGCCAAACAGAAAACUCUAGAGGCUCCAAAGAAUCCGUCAAUCAAGUCUUAUUAGAUUCUUUGAGUUUAUCACCAGCAAAAUCAGCAGAUUUAAUGCGAAUAAGAAAAUUUUCUUUAUGCAAGCAACCACAACAGAAAUUUAGUUUGAUCCAUAAAUCUGAUGAAGGAAUAUUGUCAACUGUAAACUCAAGGAAUUUAUUAGAUGACUCGCUCAUAGAAGAAAAUACAUUAGAUCURUCUAAUUUGAAUCUAUCACCCUCUCAAACAUUAAAAGGAGCCCAUAAAAUAAGUUUAGAAAGUUGUUUAAGGCGUAAAGUUGUUUUGAAAAAUGGACGAAAACCAGCUGUGACAACUUGGCAACGUUAUUGGAUACAACUAUGGGCAUCGGUAUUAAUUUAUUAUUCACCUAAAUCGUUUAAAGGUUGUAAUAGGAAUGACUUU